AUGCCAUUCAUCGCUAUCUUGAUACAGCAUUCUUCAUCUCUGCUGCCCGCGGGGACCCAUCCAGGCUUUCUUCGCUUGAGCAUGAUACCGAAAGGCCUUCCUACUGGUGAUCCGGCGCUACAAUGCCCAACCCCGCGGUCCACCUUAUCCCCUGUGCCGACCUCAAAACCAACUUUGAAACGUUUCAAAAGCCUCUCCACCCGCACAGGACCUAAAGAUGACCCCUUCAGACAAGCACAGGCUGAUUCCAGUCCAUUAAUUGCAAUACCUGACGAAGACGAUGACAUCUUUGGUACUCCCUGUAGGAAGAAGAGACCUAGCCAACGGAGGCUUCGGGGGUCUAGGAACAGAACAGAGGAGCAUAGAGACGAUGACGAACUUGCGAGCCUACUUGAGAAUUGGCAAGCUUUCCUUACGCCAGAGAAAUUGAAACGAAAGGCCGGCCAUACGGAACCUCGUGCGAUAGGUCCCAACCUGAGACCUACGCCUAAGGGGUCCCCACUUGACAGCGGAGCAUGGCUCGCGAGACAUCGUUCUCAGUCAUUUGCGUCGUCGAGUCCAGUAAGGAGCACUCCUGGGUCAACCCCCCUGCAGCAAUCCAUUACCGAGGGCCCUCACAUAAAAAGGCCACGCCAGGCCAUCGCAAACUUGACCCUGAAGCGCGUGCGAUGCGCAGAUGAAGAUGAAAUCGGGGACUAUUCCUCCGGUUUGCCGCCGCCGAACGCGAAGAGAACGAAAUUGUUGUCUACGCCAAUGAAGACUGACUACGAAGAACUGCAUGAAAGCAAACUUCAACCACCUGCGCCAUCCAAAAAUGAUUCGCCAGGCUCUAUCACGCAAAGGUGGCCGCCUAGUCUGGUUAAUUUGUCGAGAAAGAAAGCUAUACGAACAGCACAUGCGAGCACUUCAGGACUGGCUACUCCUGAUGCAUCUGCUACUGAAUCGCCUAGCCCAACCUCAUCGGAACGUGGCGUCAGAAUCUUCUCCUCGUCGCAGGAUACAGAUGAUAGAAGGCCAGGAGCUGACGAUACACUAUCAAGUACAUCUGCUUCAUCAAUCACGCUUUCACCAAGUCCGGACACAACACCACGCAGUAUCAAGCCAGGGAAGAACCUUUCUGCCAAAAUUGUCCAGACGAAGCGAAAGCGAGGCGCGCAAGAAGCCGGACUAUCACCAACCCGUCCAGAGUUGAAGCGAGCGAAGUUGGCAAAGCCUCCUGGCAAUACAGAGAAACCAACGGCUCUGGUGAGAUUGGAUCCGAAAACGGACGCGCCGCGACGUAAAUUGACCACUGAAAAGUCGAACAGCAACAAAACAUGUAUGUUGGCACGGCUGUGUGAAGUAUCGUAA